AUGGCUAAUAAUAAAAUAAAUAAAAAGAGAAAAGAAGAUGAAAUUGAGAAUAACGAUAGAUUAAAGAAAUCAAAGGUUAAAGAUGAAUCGUCAGAGGAGGAAUCAGAGGAUGAGCAACAAACUACUAUAACCAAAACAACUAAAAAUGUUGUUGUAAAUAAAAAGAAACAAGUCGAUAAUGAUAGUAGUGAAGAUAGUGAAAGUGAAAAGAGUGAUAAUAAUAGUAGUAGUAGUGAUGAUGAUAGUGAUAGUGAUGAUGAUAGUAGUGAAGAGUCAUCAUCAGAAUCAGAAUCGGAAACAGAAGAAAGUAAAGUUUUAAAAGAAAAACAAUUGAGUGAAAAGAAAGAAAAGAAAGCAAAAGUAAAACAAACACAAGAAGAACAGAAACAGGCAAUCGAGAAAGAGUUUGAAAAGCUAGAGCAAGAGAAAUUGGAAAAGAAGAAAGGCAAGAAAGAUCAACUCACCAAACUACAGAAAGAUCAAGAGUCUCACAAGAAACGUGCUGAAAUCAGUCAGUACCUAUCCACUUGGAAACAAAAUAGAUCGUCAUGGAAAUUCAACAAGAAAAUACAAGUUUUAUUAUUACAAAAUAUUUAUAGUAGAGAUUUAGUACCAGAGAAAUACUUUCAAUAUGCUUUGGAAUAUUUGUCGGAUUUGAAAGGACAAGCAAGAAUCAAGACAUUGGAAGAGGCAACAGAGUAUUCAAAGUUAAAGAUUGACGAUGAGGAUAUCGAUGAUGACUCUGAUACCGAUGCCGAUCCAGAGGUGAUCAGUCAGAUUUGGAAGAAAAAGCGUUCAAAGAGAUUACUAAAGAAAUUGACAAAUGCCGAUGAGAGUGAUGACGAUGAUUUAAGCAGCGACAAUGAAUAA